GGGUUGGUAGUGACCAUAGUUGACAAGGUCUUACCCUGUGGUCCUUAGGGAGUCAGUCAGUAGGUCAGUGUGUCCGGGUAGGUCCAAGUGGUGAGGAGUGGGACCCUUGUCCUGCACCUGACACCACCAUGGUAGACACCCGGCGCGGCACCUCCACUAUACCGUACACAAAGGAGGAGGAGGCGAAGAUGGUCGCCAUCCUGCAAGAGAGAAAAGAGAAGAGGGAGGCCAAGAAGAAAGCCCUGCAGGAGGAGCAGGCGGCCAAGCUGAAGAAGCUAGAGGAAGAAAUGGCCAGAGAGAAGGAGAGAAUCAAGAAAGAGGAAGAGGAGAAGUUGAAAGAGGUGGAAGAGGAAGAAGACGAGGGACCGCCACUGGAAAGAAGGAGAGGUCAGCACAGUGGCAGCAAGGGUGAAGAGAUGGAGAAACGGAUCUCAGAGUGGGUCGCUAAUUUGUCCUUGGGGGAGGAAGAAGAAGUGGCUAUGUAUAUCCCCAAGGAUGACCAGGAACCCGCCCUGAAGAAAUGGGAAGCAGAAAAGGAUGUGCUGAAGCGGCAGGCGAUGGAGGAUGAGCAGCGGAUGGAGUGGAAGCUCGCGAUGAUGAGAGAAAAGAAGAGAAGGGUGGAGGCGGCGAGUGAGGCGGUCAAGGAAUUAGAAGAAGUGCAGAAACUAAGUCUAAAGCUGACCCCUCAGGUAGACCUCGAACGAACGGUAGAGAUCCUUGCCCAGAGCGUUGAGCGGUUAGCAAAGAUACAAGAGCAGCAGUACGAAUUUAGCCGAAGCCAGGACAUAGUUGUGCGCUCGAUGCGAAUGGGAUUCCGGGACUUUGCGCGCGAACUGAUAGGAGCCGUACGAGCCGAGGUGAAUCAUCGCCUCGAGAAGACAGAGCGUUUCUGCGUCGGCGCCAUUGAAGGCGUCAAGGCGGCAUCUCCCAAGGAGGAGGAACCACGCCCGCCGCGUAGAGAGUCAGUCAAGGUCAAAUUCCCUGAUUCCGAUAGCGGGAAAAGGGAAGAGAACUUUGACAAUUGGGAAGCCAACGGGGCGAAGUAUUUCUCCAAGAUAGAUUUGAAGUCCGGAUAUCAUCAGAUAGAGGUGCAUCCUGAUGAUCAGUACAAGACGGCCUUCCGGACUAGAUAUGGGCACUACAAGUUCAUAGUGAUGCCCUUUGGACUAACCAAUGCGCCAGCUACGUUCCAACGCUGUAUGAACGAUUUGUUUAGGCCGUGGUUAUGUAGAUUUCUUGUAGUUUAUCUAGAUGACAUUCUAGUGUUUAGCAGGACCCUCGAAGAGCAUCAGGGUCAUCUCAGGCAGGUCUUGGAGAAGCUGAGGGAAGCUAACUUCAAGAUCAACGCAAAGAAGUGCGAUUGGGCAAAGACCCAAGUUCUGUACCUAGGCCAAGUCUUAGACGGAGACGGCGUUAAGCCAGAGGAUAGCAAGAUCGCAGCGAUUAGAGAUUGGCCCAUGCCACGUACGAUGACAGAGUUACGCUCGUUCCUGGGCCUAGCUAAUUACUAUAGGAAGUUCGUGAGGAACUUCACUACCAUCGCUGCGCCCCUUCGCAGAUUGUUGAGAAAGGAGACCAUCUGGAAGUGGGAUAAGGACUGCACGUCUGCCAUGAAGAAGUUAAAGCAGUUAUUGAUAGAGUAUACAGUCCUUAAAGUCGCCGACCCGUCCUUGCCCUUUGUCGUCACGACCGAUGCGAGCCAAUACGGCAUAGGUGCAGUGUUGCAGCAAGACGAUGGCAAUGGGUAUAGACCUGUAGAAUUCAUGUCCGCCAGGAUGCCUUCAGAGAAGGUCGCGACAUCUACCUAUGAGAGGGAACUCUACGCUCUCAGGCAAGCCUUAGACCACUGGAAGCACUACUUGCUUGGGAGGCACUUCAAAGUCUAUUCCGAUCAUGAGACACUGAGAUGGUUAAAGACGCAGGCCAAGAUGACACCUAAGCUUACCAGGUGGGCCGCAGAAAUAGAUCAAUACGACUUCGAGCUCAAGCCUUUCAAAGGGAAGUACAACGUAGUCGCGGAUGCUCUGAGUAGGAGGGCAGAUUACUUUGGGGCAAUAGUGCACUACCUCGAUAUAGGGAAGGAUCUGCAGCAGAAGGUUAGAGAAGCCUAUGCGCAGGACCCUAUCUAUAGUGAGCUCCUUGAGAAGGUCAAGGAGGCCCCAGAGACUGAGCCGAACUACCGCACUACUGAAGGGUUGCUUUUUGAGAAGACUAAUGUAUUUGACCGCUUGUGCAUCCCCAAUAGCGAAGAGAUUCGUAGUCUGAUUUUGGGAGAAUGCCAUGACAUCGAGGGUCAUUUUGGUUGGCAAAAUACUUUAGCCAACCUGAUGCGCGCAUACACCUGGCCAGGAAUGAAGAAUGACUGCGUAAAGUAUGUCCGCAGUUGCAAAGUUUGCCAGCGUAAUAAGACCCGUGCGCGCGCCCCGUUAGAUCUUCUCAGACCCUUACCCAUUCCGGACCAACCGGGAGACUCAGUGUCCAUAGACUUCAUGGACACCCAAGUCAAGAGUAGGCAUGGCAAGAGCCAAGUCAUGGUCAUAGUUGACCGUUUCAGUAAGUAUGCAGUUUUUGUUCCUUUGCCUUCAGAGGCACGUACUGAUUUAGUCAUACAUAGACUCUUUGACUGUUGGGUUAGUGAAAAUGGAAUCCCACUGUCUAUAGUUAGCGAUAGAGAUAGUCGCUUUACUAGCCAGAACUGGCAAGAACUCAUGGGAGUAUACGGAUCUAAGUUGUUGAUGUCGUCCGACCGUCAUCCAGAGACUAACGGUCAGACAGAGCAAAUGAACAAGAUCCUACAGCAAGUUCUGCGCAUGUACAUUAGGCCAGAUCAGAUUAACUGGGACGAGAUGUUACCUAAAGUAGCUAGUGCGUAUAACAACAGUGUGCAUUUGUCCACCUGCCGCACUCCCAACGAACUGCACAAGUCCUUUCAACCGCGCAGACCGUUCGAAGGACUCAACCGGGAUCAGAUUCAGAGAUUACCGCCCGGGACCAGGGAGUUUGCUGUACAGCACGAGAAAGAACUAACUACUGUUGUAGAAAACCUCAGGAAAUCCCAGCAUAGGAUGAUAGAACAAGCGAACAAACAUCGUCGCCCUUCACAGUUUCAAGUAGGCGACUUAGUCUGGGUUAGUUCUAAGGAGUUUGCACCUGAGGAGAACAUCUCGCAGAAGUUACUGCCCACAUAUAGAGGGCCAUGGCCUGUUCUGAAAGUCAAGGGCGGCGAAGAUGGACCGUCCUACACCAUCGAGUUACCAGCACACCUCCAUACGUACCCAGUUUUCCACGCAUCGAAGUUGCUACCUUGUCAAACAAGUGAUCAGUUUCCAUCCCGUAAAUCGAUGAUCCCACCGGAUAUGGAUGGAAGAUACGACAUAGAUGGUAUAGUGGCUGAAGACGUCUUCAGAACUGGAGGUAGAGGUCGUCCGCAGAAACAGUACAAGGCGGAUGCAGCGGCAGUGGAAGCAAAACCGUUGAUCUUCAAUUCAUUUAUGGUCCAGAACUCUGAUGCAGUGCCAGUGUACAUUGACGUUGAGGACUAUGGGAAGUUGAGGGUGGCGCUUGAGGAGAAACUGGCAGAAUACAAUGGUGAUCAUGUUGCCAUGGAUCUUGUUCUCUUCGACAUGGCGAUGGAGCACGUGUGCCGCAUCGUGCGUGUUUUGAAUCUGCCACGUGGCAAUGUGUUGUUAGUGGGAGUGGGUGGAAGUGGAAAGCAGAGCCUGGCUCGUUUGGCAUCUUAUAUUUGCAAUUAUGAGGUCUUUCAGAUCACAGUGACAUCAACGUAUGGCGUCCUCGACUUUGAGCUAGAUCUACUCCAACUUUACAACCGGGCCGGUUUGAAGUCUAUUGCGAUGACGCUGCUCCUCAAUGAUGGACAGAUCGUCAAUGAGACAUUUUUGGUUUACCUGAAUGACUUUCUCGCCAGUGGAUAUAUUGAUGAUUUGUACAAGCCAGAUGACAAGGAGUUGGUAUGCAAUUCCAUCCGCAACGAAGUGAAGCAAGCUGGAAUUGUAGACACCAGAGACAACUGUUGGGACUACUUUGUGGAUAAGGUUCGAAAAUACCUCCAUGUGGUGUUAUCCUUCUCUCCUGUGGGGGAUAAGUUCCGGAUACGCGCACGACAAUUUCCGGCCUUGGUAAAUAACACAGUGAUGGACUGUUUCCAGCCAUGGCCACAAGAGGCACUUGUAUCAGUGGCAGGGAGGUUCUUGUCAAGCAUACCAGAUGUGCGCGAUGAAAUACGCGAAAACUUGACCCACCACAUGGCCUUUGUUCACACAGUGGUUACGGAGGCAAGUGUCAGUUAUCUGGAGGUUGAACGCCGCUACAACUACACCACGCCAAAGUCAUACUUGGAACUGAUUGCUUUCUACAAAGCACUCCUUGAAAAGCGCAGGAACGACUUAAAGUGGAAGAGGGAAAGGCUUGAGGGCGGUGUCAACAAGAUAAAGCUCGCAAGUGAGCAAGUUGCCGACCUGCAAGUGAAUUUGAAGCAGGAGCUCAUAGUCGUGGAAGAGAAGAAGGCAACGACAGACCAGUUAAUUGUGAACAUUGGCCAAGAGAAGGCAAUAGUCGAUGAGCAAAAGAGUUCGUCAGCACGAGAUGAAGAAGAAUGUGCGCGGAUAGCAUUUGAGGUUGCCGAGUACCAGGUACAAUGCGAGGCAGACUUGGCAAAGGCUGAGCCCAUCAUCAAGGAGGCUGAAGCCGCUCUCAAUUCCUUGGACAAAAGGUCACUAGGAGAGCUGAAGUCAUUUGCGAACCCCACCCUUGAGGUCGUUCAAGUGGGGUCCGCAUGUCUUGUGCUGACAGCACCAGGUGGUAAGAUCCCAAAGGACCUGGGAUGGUAUGCAGCGAAGAAGAUGAUGGGAAACGUCGACAGUUUCCUCACUUUUCUCAGAGACCGUUUUGACAAGGACAAUGUGCCGGUGCAAUGUGUAGAAAAGGUGGAAAAAGAUUAUAUCAGUAACCCCAACUUCAACUCAGAGUACAUCAAGAGCAAGUCCAUAGCAGCAGCUGGAUUGUGUGGUUGGAUUGUAAACAUCUGCAAGUAUUUCAGAAUCUACCAGGUUGUUGCCCCCAAGCGUGCAAGGCUGGAAGAGGCUAAUCAGAAAUUAGCCCAAGCCAACCAGAAGCUUGCCGGUGUCCGUGCUAAGGUGGAUGAGCUGGAAGGCCGUGUCCGCCAGCUGGAGGAGGCAUUGAUGCGCGCCACGGAAGACAAGAAUAUGGCUGAGGCACAGGUGGACAGAACGCGGACAAAAGUGAGCUUGGCAGACCGCCUGGUUAAUGGAUUGGCGAGCGAGAACGAGAGAUGGGGAGAGAGCAUUGCACAUUUUGGAGCAAAGGAAGGCAAGCUUAUCGGAGACGUGCUAUUGGCUGCAGCAUUUGUGAGUUAUGCUGGCCCAUUUACAGCUCCUUAUCGAGAACGCCUGGUGAAUUCAAGCUGGACACCUGACCUGAUCGAAAGGCAGAUUCCAAUGACACCUGGUGCAAAACCAAUGGACAUGCUGUCCGAUGACACGGAGAUGGCCAAAUGGUUGAACGAGGGGCUGCCAUCUGACUCUCUGAGCAUGGAGAAUGGUGCAAUCAUCUCCAAUUGCGCCAGGUGGCCACUGAUGAUCGACCCUCAGCUGCAAGCCAUUCAGUGGAUCCGAACUCGCGAGGGCAAAAACGGAAUAAAGAUCAUUCAGUUGGGCCAACCAAAGUACAUGGAGGUUGUCGAGAACUGCAUUGAGAAUGGAUUGCCUCUGUUAAUAGAGAAUUUGGGUGAGUAUAUAGACGCCGUCUUAGAUCCAGUGAUCUCCAGGAGUGUUGUCAGGAGGGGCAAGAGUAGGUUGAUGAAAUUUGGGGAGAAGGAGGUGGAGUACGAUGCCAACUUUCGGCUAUACCUCCACACCAAGAUGACUAACCCCCAUUAUAAACCUGAGGUGGCCGCGCAGACAACAUUGAUCAACUUCUCGGUAACGGAGCGCGGGCUAGAGGAACAGCUGCUGGCGCUUGUCGUCAACAAAGAAAAGCCCGAGCUUGAAAUCGAGCGGCUGAACCUUGUUCGGCAACUGAACGACUUCAAGAUUCAAGUAAAGGAGCUGGAAGACGCACUGCUGUUCAAGCUGUCGAAUUCGCAGGGUGACAUCUUGGAAGAUAUUGAGCUGAUCGAGAACCUCGAAACGACAAAACGAACUUCGCUCGACAUUCAGCAGAAGGUGAAACUGGCCAGGGAGACAGAAGAAGGCAUUCGAACUGCUCGGGAAAUUUAUCGGUCAGUUGCUGCUCGUGGAGCUCUGCUCUACUUCCUGAUUGACCGUCUGGAUGUCCUGGACCACAUGUACCGUUUCUCCAUGGCUACGUUCAUCCGAGUCAUGGAUAAAGGGAUGGGCCUUGCAAAAACCAGCCCUACCUAUCUUGUCGAGCGGGUUGCUGAGCUUCUCGAUACCUCCUCCUUUGCCAUUUUUAAGUUUGUCUCUGCCGGCCUGUUCGAAAAGCACAAGCUCAUUUUCGCAAUGCAGUUGACGUUAUCAAUUAUGCGGCAAGCCGGAGAACUCCCACCUCCAAUGCUGGAUUUUUUCCUACAGGGCCCGAAGAACAUUGAUCCAGAAGUUGCUAAGACAAUCAAGAGUCCCAUGGCAGACUGGAUGACCAACCGCAUGUGGCUGUGCAUACAAGCACUCAAGGAGAUUGAUGAGUUUGCAUCUCUGCCUGAUGAGAUGAUUAGUGCUGCAAAGCGAUGGCGGGAAUGGACAGAGAUGGAGCGCCCGGAGGCAGAGCCACUCCCUGGCGAUUGGAAGAGAAUGCCAGAAUUUCAGCAGCUACUAAUUGUGCGAGCUCUGCGUCCAGAUAGAGUGACGAGUGGCGCGUCACGGUACAUAGGCAACAAAAUUGGCGACAAAUAUGCGCAAUCAUAUCCUUUCAAUCUGGAAGAAGCUUAUGCUGAUGUUCGAGCUGGCACUCCAAUCUUCAUCUUCCUGUCUCCCGGUGUUGAUGCCGCAAAGGCUGUCGAAAACUUUGGUCGAAAGAUGGGUUUCAAACAGGAGAAUGGACUGUACAAGGUUGUGUCGCUGGGUCAGGGUCAGGAAGAACCAGCCCUGAAAGCUGUAAAGCACGGGCAAGAAACAGGGGGAUGGGUGCUGCUACAGAACAUCCACUUAACUCCCAAGUGGACGGCGGGACCUCUGGAGAAGGUGAUUGAUAAGUUGGGAGAGGGAGUGCAUGACAAAUUCCGCCUCUUUCUUUCUGCGGAGCCUUCACACGAGAUCCCCGUCCCGGUGCUGCAGAACUCAAUCAAGCUUAGCAAUGAGCCGCCCGAAGGCGUUCGUCCCAACCUUCUUCGCGCCCUGGGAAACUUCUCCGAUGAGGUUUACGACAGUUGUACCAAGCCUAAUGAGCUGAAGAUCAUAAUCUUCACCCUAUGUCUAUUCCACAGCCUGCUCCUCGAACGGAAGAAGUUUGGUCCUCAGGGAUGGAAUCAAAACUACCCAUUCAACACAGGAGACCUUACCAGUUGUGCUCAGUGCGCCAGCAACUACUUGGAAAACAAUAUUAGAGUUCCGUGGGAUGACAUGCGGUAUAUCUUUGGUGAGAUCAUGUACGGGGGACAUGUGGUUGACGACUGGGACCGUCGCACUGUCAGUGCUUAUCUUUCUAUGUACAUGAAAGACGAGUUGCUUGACGGCAUGGAGCUCUUUCCGUCCUUCUCCACUCCUUCCUCCAUCCUGCACCAGGCAGAACUCAUCACCUAUGUAUUCCAAAAUGUCCCUGCUGAAUCUCCCAUCAUGUUUGGACUUCAUCCAAAUGCAGAGAUUCGCUUCCGCCUCGCUCAGGGUGACAAACUGAUGGAUGAGGUAUUGAAACUUCAGCGCCUCACGAUUGGUGCCGCGGGCGUGAUGAGUGUUCAGGACAAGGCAAAACUUGUUCUCGAUGACGUCAUGGAAAGGGUCCCGCGGUCAUUCAACAUGGAGGACAUAAACAGUCGGUUAGCUGACCAGGAACGGACUCCUUACACAGUGGUUUUCCUGCAGGAAAUCGACAGAAUGAACCUUUUGACGGCUGAGAUCGUUCGCAGCCUGCAAGAGUUGGAUCUCGGGCUAAAGGGAGACCUUACGAUGUCUGAACCCAUGGAGAAGUUGAUGUUUGCCUUGGCUGAAGACAGAGUACCUAUGACUUGGGAGACCCUCGCAUAUCCUUCAUUGCGACCGCUCGGUUCAUGGGUAACUAACCUGCUGGACAGGAUUCAGCAGCUUGCCGACUGGAUCCGAGAGAUGACGCUGCCAAAAGUGACCUGGAUAUCUGGACUGUUUAACCCUCAGUCAUUUCUCACCGCUGUGAUGCAGACAACAGCACGUAAAAAUGACUGGGCACUGGACAAGACUGUCAUUCAAACCGAGUGCCACGUCAGCAGUGCCACGUCACAGUGCCAGAUCAGCAGUGCCACGUCACAGUGCCAGGUCACGGUGUCACGUCAGCAGUGCCAUGUCACAGUGCCAGAUCAGCAGUGCCACGUCAGCAGUGCCAGGUCACAGUGCCAUGUCAGACUCAGUGCAACGUCAGUAGUGACGUCAGACACUGUGCCACGUAAGCAGUGCCACAUCAGCAGUGCCACGUCAGACACAGUGCCACCACGUCAGACACAGUGCCACGUCAGACACAGUGCCACGUCAGACAAAGUGCCACAUCAGCAGUGCCACGUCAGCAACAUGACGGGCCUGCCAGGCCAACUGCCCAACGAGUCCCUUGCAGCUUACAAGCAGCGGUUCCAGGCUCACAUAGAGGCUGAGGAACAACGCCAGCUGGCAGCCGAGGCUGCCCGCGUACAGGCUGAAGAGGCAGCAGCAGCUGAACAACUGCAGCUACAGGCCGAUGCAGACGCAGAUGCCCAGGCUCGCCGCAAGGAAGCCCAGGAUCUGCUGCAGCGGCAUGAAGCCAACAGCAUCGACAGACUCAAGUACUGGCAUUUUGAACCGAACGGCGACGAGGCAACACCGGAAGAGAAGAACAAGGAGUUCCUCUCCAAACUCGUGACGCGGUUGUUGCAUGCUUGCAACUACCAACGGUCAGAGUUGGAGAGACAGUACCAGGACCUGACGCAACAGCAUCAGGAGUUGGCACAGCUCCGCCGCAUGGUGCAGAGCCACGAGGAUGCAACUCGGGCACUCAAUGCCCGAUUGCUGGACCUAGAACAGGCUGUACCAGGACCAGCUGCUGGGGCUUCCAGCAGUGCACCCUCUAGCUGCCAACUGGAGGACCGCGUUUACCACGUAGUGGCAAUGCUCGGCGACAUCAGCACCUUCGCUGCGCCGACCACCACCAUCAGCAGUCAGCUGCAUACAUUGAAGACCGAGGUCCAGCAGCUGCAGACGACGAACGCGGAUGGCAACCCGAAGAUGUAUAAGAUGCCAACUUUCAAUCUGGAGAGGUUUGACGACUACACGCAGCAGAAUCCGGCCCUCUGGUGGGAAGCAUUCACAACACAACUCAGGAUUCUGCCCGUAGCCAAGCAUGCGUACAUCGGCGCCGUGUUCCUGAACUCAAAGGGCGGAUGCCAGACCUGGUUGAGCCACCUGGCAACCUCCCACGGCGUCGACGUACCAGACUUGAAGGACCAAAUCACAUGGGAGGAACUGGCACGGCUGUGGCAGAAGCGGGUCAUCGUCGACGACGCGCCGACACUCGCCAUCAACCGUUUGUUCACCAUGUCACAGGGCAACACUGCAACACGGGAUUGGCUCACAGAGUGGCAGAAGAUUGCGGCAGUGCCCAAUCUAGAGCUGCCUUUCACUCAUCUCAGACAUGAGUUCUACAACAGAUUCUGCGCUGCAUUGAGCCAGGCUCUUGGUGAUCGCGAGUUGUACUCCACUUUCUCCGAGAUUAUCGACAAGGCGAGAGAGAUCAUCAAGACCAACAGGUCAGCUGCACACGAGAAGUCACCAUGGCAGCUGACCUAUGUGGAGAAGGUACGAACUGGUCCGCGACAGCAGCACUUCGCUGCAGUCCAGCAGGACAGUGGAGAUAACCCAGCAGCCACUCCAGCAUCAAGUGACGGAGAUCAGGUGGCUGCUGUCCAGCCGCAAAGCAACAACAAGUCCCGCAACAAUGGGAAGGCGAAAUCCGCAUCGCAGGCAGGAAAUGGACAGCCAGGACAAUGUCCAUGGGUCAAGUUUGGCUUGACCGAGGCGGAGUACAAGGUAACUAAGAAGACGGUGGAUGGAGUCGAUGCACCCUCGCGUGAAGGGGCCUACAUUCACGGGCUGGUUCUCGAGGGCUGUGGUUGGGAUGACAAGAAUGGAUGCCUUGCUGAGUCACAGCCAAAAGAGCUGUACUUCACGAUGCCAGUGAUUCAAAUCAAAGCAGCACCUGCCGACAAAGUCGAUGUGAAGGAUACAUACUUGUGUCCGGUGUACAAAACUUCCAAGCGAGGACCGAGCUAUGUCUUCGCUGCGCAGCUUAGGUCAAAGGAGGGGUCUACAAAAUGGGUUCUGGCAGGUGUAGCAAUGUUGAUGGAAAUCAUCUAGGAGGGGUCCAAAAAUGGGGUUCUCGCAGGCGCGGCAAUGUUGAUGGAAAUCG